AUGGGGAAAGUCCUCUUCGUGGGAGGGGGGCUCCGCCGCAUGAGGACAUGGGACUCCCUCACACACACUGCCACCGCCUUCUCCCUCAUCGUCGAUUCUUCCGCUGGAGCCGCCGCCGACACUAUAGCCCGCUGUCGCCUCACACACCGGCUUCUCAUCGCCUUCUCCUCAGUCGAGGAAGCUAUUGUCGAGCCGCCUCUCUUUUCCCUCUCCGCACGCUCGUCGCUGCUCAUGCCUCCGGCGUCACUACGCCCGUCGUUGCUAUGCCUCUGGCUUCACCGACGUCUGUCGCUGCUCAUGCCUCUGGCAUCACCGACACCGACGCAAGCGGCUUCCUCUUCUCUCUCCCUCUCUGCACGCCCAUCACCGCCUCAGGCGCCAUCGAUGCCCGUCGCUACUCAUGCCUCCACCGUCACCGACGCCCGUCGCUGCUCAUGCCUCUGGCUUCACCGACACCAACCCAAGCGGCUCCCUCUUCUCUCUCCCUCUCCGCAUGCCCAUCGCUGCAUGCCUCUGGCGUCACUGACGCCCGUUGCUGCUCCUGCCUCCGGCGUCACCGACGCCUAUACUUCUUUGAAACGAGAAAUGUCAAGUUCAUUGAGGGCAGUGGGAGUGAUAAGUCCGGUCUUCUUCCUCAGGCUGGCCUGCCAUUUUAAUCUCAUAUACACACUUGAAUCGAUGGAUACGGAGUCAUAUUACACGGAGAGGAUGAAGGAGGAGGUAGCACUGCUCUUCUCCGACGACGAUAGCUACUGCUGCUCGCUGCUGCCGCCCUCUGCUUACGAUACUGCCUGGGUCGCCAUGAUCGGCUCCGGUGGCGGCGCCGCACGUCCCCUGUUUCCGCAAUGCGUCGAGUGGAUCCUCGCGAACCAAAGGAAAGAAGGCUUCUGGGGAGAUGGCGAGCGUGCACUCGAUUCCGUCGCCGCCACUAUCGUCUCUGUUCUUGCACUCCAUCAGUGGAACACUGGCCGUGCAAGCAUCGAGAGAGGUUUGCAGUAUCUCCGUGCAAAUAUAGAAAAGAUACUCGUGCAGUGCCACGGUGGCAUUCCUCGUUGGUUCACAAUUGUUUUUCCAGGAUUGCUGGAGCUGACGCAAUCCAAAGGCUUACGUGUGCUUCGCGGCCAUGACGUCAUGCAAUUAGUGAAUGACGUCUUCAAGAGAAGAAGAACAAUAUUAACAGCAUCAUCAGGUAGUGAUCAAUAUUACCCACCAUUGACAAUGUUCCUCGAAGCACUCCCACCAAGCAGCAGGCCAAAACAUGAACUGAUUCUUGCUCAACUGAUGGAAGAUGGAUCGCUCUUUAGAUCUCCAUCAGCAACUGCUGCUGCUUUCAUGAUCACAGGAGAUGCUAAUUGUCUCAAGUACCUGCAGGACAUGAUGCAGAGAUGUAGUGGCAUCGUGCCCCCUGUGUUUCCUGUGGAUCAAAAUCUCAUAAGGCUUUGUCUAGUUGACCAUUUGAGUAGACUAGGAUGUGGUCAGUUUUUUGAAGAGGAGAUCAAGGAUCUAUUGGACCAUAAUUACAGGAAUUGGAUAAAGCAGCAUCAGGAACAGAGCACUACGAACUGUGUUCUAUCUGAACAAAUAUAUAGUGAUACCUUAGCCUUUUAUCUUCUGAGGACAUAUGGAUAUCCUGUAACACCAAGGAAACUGUGUUGGUUUAUGGACAACAAGGGCAUUCUUGUGCAUAUAAGGGAAAACCACAGUGAGUUCUUGGGAGCCAUGUAUGGGAUCUACAGAGCAGCACAGUUGAUGUUCCCUGAGGAAGUUGACCUUCAUAAUACUAAACUGUUCUCCUUGGAAGUGUUGACAAAAUGUCUUCCUCGCAAGGAUUUUGAAGGAAACGACAAGGUCAUGACAGAUUUCCAAAAAGAGAUCGCACGCGAACUGGAACUCCCGUGGUUACUUAGAAUGGACCACCUUGAGCAUCGCUUGUAUAUAGAGAGAACUAAAGGGUACUGGUUGUGUAUUGGGAAGACCAACAUUUGCAGGCUUUCUCACCCAAAAUGUCUCAUGCAACUGGCCGUGGACAAUUUUACAAAACGUCAGUCAAUUUACAGAAAUGAACUCCAGAUGCUGAAGAGGUGGUCAGAAGAAUCCGGGCUUUCAAAAAUGGGGUUCGGCCGAGAAAAAACUACCUACUGUUACUUCUUAGCCACUGUUCCAACAUGCCUCCCUCUGCAUUGUGAACUAAGGAAAAUAGUGGCAAAAAAUGCAACCCUAGUCACAAUUGCUGAUGAUUUCUUCGAUGAAAAAGGAACGGAAAGUGAAUUAGAAACACUAACUGAAGCUGUCAACAGGUGGGAAGGAGACAACUUAUGUAGCCACUCCAAAGUAAUCUUUGACGCACUUCAUGAACUUGUAAAUGAAGUAGAAUUUAAUGCAUUCCGUGAACAUGACAAGACUGUGAAAGAUGCCCUUCAAGAAAUGUGGCGUGAUGCGUUUAACUCUUGGCUAAAGGAAUCCAAGUGGAGCAGAUGCAAACAUGUGCCUUCUACCGACGAGUACAUCGAUGUCGCGACGGUUUCAGUGGCUAUUCAAGUAAUGACUCUUCCUGCUUGCUACAUCACUCAUCCAAAAGUUCCAGUUGAUGGCAAAUUGGGUUCUCGUUACUGCAAAAUGACCGAGCUGUCAAUGCUGUGUGCUCGUCUGCUAAAUGACAUAGGAAGCUAUAUGAGAGAAUUAGAGGAUGGAAAGUUCAACAUGGUUCCACUGUACGUGAAAGAGAAUUUGGAGAGCAGCAUUGAGGACUCAGUUGGGCAUAUAAAGACAGUUCUUGAGAGGAAGGGGAAGGAGUUUCUCGAGCUGUUCUUGAACCAAGAAUAUGGAGGAGUUCCAAGAGUGUGGAAGGAGUUGCACGUGGCCACUCUCAAAGCUUUCUGGAUGCUUUAUGAUUCCAACAAUAAAUUUGACUCGCCAACCGCGCUGCUCCAAGCUAUCAGAAUGGCGUUUUAUGAACCGCUGGCGAUCGAUGCUUAGAACGAACUCAUUUCUAAGCUUGCUAAGAAGGUUUGUGAUUCACAUGUAUAAUAUUAGAUUGAGUUUCUGAGAGGGAAUUAAUAUAGA